GUAGUCUACAGUCACAAUGGCGGUGCUGUUGGGCUUUUUAAGGGAAUUUCAGGUGGAAUACAGUUUCUCUCACUUGUUUGCACUGCUAUGUUUUGUUGCGAUGCUUUUCAAGUUAACUGUCUUGGUUAUACGAAGGAGAAAUACUUUUAAAAAAAUGGAACCAUUCCCUGGACCACCGCCACACUGGCUUUUUGGAAACGUCCUUGAGUUAAAGCAAGAUGGCACAAGCCUGGACACAAUGCAAGAAUGGGGUAAAAAUUACCCUUAUGCAUUCGCAACGUGGUUUGGUCCUUUUGUUUGUCUGCUCAACAUUCAUCAUCCUGAUUAUGUAAAGACUAUUCUAGCAUCAACAGAGCCAAAAGAUGAUUUAGCUUAUAGAUUUAUUAAAGAAUGGAUUGGAGAUGGUUUAUUGGUGUCACAUGGAGAGAAGUGGUUUCGCCACAGACGACUGCUAACCCCAGGUUUCCAUUAUGAUGUGUUGAAGCCAUAUGUAAAAUCGAUGUCCGAUUCAGCAAAUGUUAUGUUGGACAAAUGGGAAAAAUAUUCCAAAACUGGUGAGACUUUUGAGUUAUUUGAUCAUGUCAGCCUUAUGACUCUGGAUAGUAUUUUAAAGUGUGCCUUCAGUCAUCAUAGCAACUGUCAGACUGAGGGGGGAACACAAGCAUACAUCAGAUCUGUAUAUGAGCUGAGUUACUUAAUAAAUCUGCGCUUCAGAACCUUUCCCUAUCACAAUGACUUUAUUUUCUACUUCAGCCCACACGGGUUCCGGUUAAGAAAAGCCUGCAGAGUGGCACAUCACCACACAGCUGAGGUUAUAAAAAAAAGAAAAGAAGAGCUCAAAGAAGAAAAGGAGCUGGAUCGCAUACAAGCCAAGAGAAACUUAGACUUUUUGGACAUUCUUCUUUGUGCUCGAGAUGAAAACAAUCGGGGUCUGUCCGAUGAAUCCAUUCGUGCGGAAGUAGACACUUUCAUGUUUGAGGGCCAUGACACCACAGCGAGUGGCAUCUCCUUCAUCCUCUACUGUUUGGCUUGUCACCCAGAGCACCAGCAGAUGUGCAGGGAGGAGAUCUGUCAAGCCCUGGGAGACAAAAACACCAUGGAGUGGGAGACCUUAAGUAAAAUUCCAUAUACCACAAUGUGCAUUAAGGAGUGUCUUCGUCUAUAUCCACCGGUACCAGGAACAGCUCGGCACAUAACAAAACCCAUGACAUUUUUUGAUGGAAGGACUAUUCCUGCAGGAAGCAUUGUUGGAACUAGUAUUUAUGGGAUUCACCGAAAUCCAGAUGUCUGGGAGAAUCCUGAUGUUUUUGAUCCACUACGCUUCCUCCCAGAAAAUAUAUCUUCUAGGUCAUCUCAUGCAUUUGUACCAUUCUCUGCAGGUCCAAGGAAUUGCAUUGGUCAAAACUUUGCCAUGAAUGAGAUGAAAGUAGUGAUUGCACUGACGCUGCAGAGAUACAAACUGAUUGAGGACCCGAAAUUUAAACCCAAACUCAUCCCAAGAUUAGUGUUGCGCUCACUCAACGGAAUCAAUAUCAAAAUCAAACCAGUCGAGCCACUUGUGUGAACUGGUUUAAUAAUAUAAUAUAAUAAUAUAUAAUAUAAGGUGCACUAUGUAACUUAUAAACUGGAGGGUCAGCUAAUUGCUUGUCUCUAUGGAGAUGUUGUUUUUUUGGAUGAAAUGUUCCACAGUAUGGCAUUGGACUUUUCUGCCUUGCAUGUAUUCAGUUACAGGUGUUUCAUGGCUCAAAAAUAUCUUGAAAAACAUGAAUUCUUACUUUGAGCAGACUCGUUUCACCGUAGAUCUGACCAGUAACUUGUUUCGAUUAUGAUGACCAACUUUGUUUCCAUAGUGUAGUUAAAAGCAAAGCAACUACAUCUCUAUGGAGCUGUAAUUCCAGUCACGUGACAGACCCUCCACCAGAAAAGUUACAGAAUGCACCUUUAACUGGAUAUAUCUCUAGCAAUUAUCCUGAUUAUGUAAAUUUAAACUGAUUACCACAUAUUGUAAAAGGUGUAUGGUUAAUAGUGCAACAACUGUGAUUUUGUGAUUCAAAGACAGGAAAUAUAUACAUUCUAUAAUAAAAAAUACAUCAUCAUUA